UGUGAUUGGCUGAAGUGGACCUGUUGCCAUGACGACGGCGAGGGGUUUGGUAGCGUUGCCGUGCGCUGUGUGAUCUGCGCGCUGCGUGUAUGGAGGAAGCAGCUGCUGAUCUGAUCUCUGACAUUGUGUGAGACAGACAUCUGAAUUAAACUCUGCUUUUACACACACCGCUCCAGGGUAGCGACGUGCAUGAUUACCUCUUUGAUUUAAUGGGUCCAAUCAUUGGGAUGUCACCAGAUAAGAAAACGGAAAUUCCGGGUAUGCAAGAAGAGCGGACAGGACUAAGAGGUGUCUGUGGUGUGGGGACCCUGCCCGAGGCGGAGUGCGCAUCCAGUCCAUUGGCGACAAGCGUGGAUCGCGCUUCAGGUGCAGAGGAUGAGGAGCUCACCAACCUCAACUGGCUCCACGAGAACCUGCUCCAGAACUUCACUCUCGGGGGCCCAGAAGCUCAGACAAGUGGUAGCCCCCUUUUUGACAUUGAAGGAGACUACAAACAAAACCAGGGCCCUUCGUCGUCCUCGUCAUCUUUGUCGCAAAGCAGGGGCCGGGAGCGGGACUCGCUGAAAUCUAAGCCUCCUUUUUCAUUUUCCCUCCUCAUCUACAUGGCUAUCGAGCAGUCUCCCAGCAAGUCUCUGCCCGUUAAAGAAAUCUACGGGUGGAUUCUGGAGCACUUCCCUUACUUCUCCAACGCUCCCACAGGCUGGAAGAACUCCGUUCGCCACAACUUGUCUCUAAAUAAAUGCUUCCGCAAGGUCGACAAGAGUUUGGGGAAGGCCAAUGGGAAAGGUUCCCUCUGGUGUGUUGACCCUGAGUAUCGCCCCAACCUAAUCCAAGCUCUUAAGAAGCAACACUUCCCAGCCGCACAUGCCUUCUGCACGCCACCCGCCUCCCCGCCCAGUGCCUCCUCACCUCCUCGCCAUCUCUUUCUACAAGGCUGCUCAUUCAAAGAGUCUGACAUUGAUGCUGCCACUGCCAUGAUGCUCUUAAACUCUGCCCCUGGGCACCACGUUGACCCAUGUAACUCCGACGGCCCGCUGGACCUCUCCCGACCCGACUCUGUCCUGGUGAGCAGUGAUCCGAAGCAGGACCAUAACUACAGCAGCGCAGCUCUGCAGCGCUGCUCGUCCCGCUCCUCCUCUUCCUCCCUCUCCUCUCUGGACGAAGGCGGCUGCGAGCGCAGCCAGUCUCGGCGCGCUGGCAGCGAGGGUUUUCACAGCGACGAGGACUCUGACCUCUGGGACGAGAGGGCCGUCCAGCAGACUUCUCGACGUCCGCCCGCCAUCAAGUGGCCCAUCAGCAAGCGACCCCGGCGCGAGGUCAAGCCGGAGCUGGACGAGGAGCUGAAAGAGGCGGCAGGGUCUUUGCUACACCUCGCCGGUAUACGCAGCUGUACAGAGGGGUCCAAACGCACUGUCAAGAGCACAAAACUUAACAGGAAAUAAAGUUCCUCUUUCCCCUGACAAGACUCCGGACCCUGUGAAUCCUGACCCCUGUCCCCUGAUCGUGUGUCCCAGUGUGCCUCCUUCUCCUCACCUGAUCGUUCACUGGCCGUUUUGAGCCUCUUUUGGUUGGGAGCGUCCUCGUCCAACUAACAAAUGGCAAUAGUAUCGUUCACACAGGAGAACAAAGCCAUAUAAAGUAACUUUGGGGGGGUUGGACGUUCGGACUGUGGAGAACCAUCGAGAAGACCCCUAUCCAGAACGACCCGCCUGCUUUUGUCAGAUUUAGAAGACUGUGAUUCAAGAAUCUCUCUUUCAAAGACAAAAAUGGGGGAAAAAAAAAAGCUGAAGGUUUUUAUAACUCAAAGCGUUGCAUGCUUCCUCCUCAAACUUGUAUCCUCUUCCAAGUGAAUCUAUUUAUGAAGCGAAUGAGUGCAUGUUUGUAACAGACAAAACCUAACCUCCUGGUGUUAUCAGUUUCUCCUCUUUGUGCUACAUGAUGACAAAAAAAAACAAAAGUAAUGCCACUAUUUGGAAAGCAACCCUCGCUCUUUGAAUUCUCUUAAAAACAUGCAAUAAUGAAUCCACAACCUUAACUUUUUCACUCUUCUUUUCCGUGACGGCAUCUUUCUUUCAGCCGAGCAUGUGAAUUUAGCUUUUCAUUUAAGAAAAAGAAGAGAGGAGUAUUACGAUGUUGGUAUGCGAUCCGUUUACUGCGCACAAACCAUGACUCCUUUUUUCAGGAUGUGAAAAUAGUAUUUUUCUGCAACUGCCAAAUUUAGUUGAGAACCUAGCAGCAGUUCUCUGUGCUAAUUAUUAUUACCGUGUGAACACAUAUUUGGUGAACAUCUGACUGCCACACAAUGCCAGAUUCUUAGGUUGUGAUCCACAAAUUUUAUUGUGGCAUCCCUGAUUUCAAUCUGAUCCUAAGAUGGUGGCUCUAAAAAAGCCGAAAUCCCAAGAGUGCCAGCGUAAAACAAUACGUGCUCCUUCUGAAACGCAGCGCUCCGAUUCCCCUCUGCGGAUUUCGUACCUCGUUUUCUUCUGAGGCAAACGUAAUUUGCAGCUUAGAGUUUCAGUUUCUGCUUAAAGAUCCACUGCUGGCAGACUGUAAGCAAUGGGAAGGCUGCGUAGAGAGAGCGAAACUUCAACUUUACAGUCACUCCCGAGUUACUAAAGAGCAAUGCUGACCUCAGGGGCUGUCUGGCAGGGAGUGUUUAGUCGUUGCUCUUCCCGCUAGAACAAAAAAAGGAAGUGCACACUCUCUCUUCGCAAAAGCUUGUAAAGCCGGUGUCAGCUGAUUGCACACAGCUCUCAGAAGGGAAGUUGUUGUAUUGGAGCUUUUAGGUCGCCUACAGACCCACAGGAUUCAUGUCGGCCUGGGCAGGAAUGAUGGUCAUUACCUGAAAACUUGGAUGUUCACAGGAACAGUCAGUAAAGCGUGCGUGGUUGCUGCCAAACUUUUUUUUUGUGCCACGACUUCAAACAAAAAGGGGGGUUAUGGUCACUUUACAGAUACUUCUUAAAUUAGAAAAUCAUCAAAAAGUUCAUUUUAAAAUUUCAAUUUCAAAAAGUGGAGCAUGUUUAUUGGUUAAUUUCACACAGAGUGAUAUAUUUAGAUGUUUGCUUUUGUUCAAAUAAUGAAAACCCAGAAUUCAGUUUCUCAGAAAGUUACAUUAAACCAGUUGAAUAAAUGAUCAUUUUUCUGCUCUAAAAUCUUGCUGAGGUGUGAAGCCCAGAGGUCUUCAGCUCGACUUGGCUUCACAACUCUCCCAUGUCUGUGGUUAUUGCUGUUGCUUAUGUGCCACUUUCUGCCACCGUUUCUCCUUUUACUCAACUUUCCAUCACCAUACUAGGAUGCUGCAGAGCUCUGUGAAUGGCCAGCAUUUCUAGCAGUGGGUUUUUCCUGACUGUCUGCUGGACAGCUGUCAACUCAACAGUCGCUCCAUGAAUGUGUAACAUAUUGAAUUGUCUUUAAUUAUGAAAUAUUUAAAUGUUCUGAGAAACUAAAUUUUGGUGUUCACAGAUAAAAAAAAAGGUUUGAACAUCCCUCUGUCAUGAAGCUGCACAACAUGAAUCCAGCUUUUCAGUUGAAUUAUUGAAAUAAAUAAACUUUAUAGUGGUAUUCUAACUUAUUGAGAUGUGUCUGUAAUUCCCUCGCUGCCACAUUGUAGUCGAGUUUUUUUGUGGUAAUGUUAAGAAUCUGGGAAUCUGGGAGAUUGGUUGUGUUUUUUUAUUUUAUUUUAUUUUAUUAAGACAUUUUUUUGCCACUUUAGACUUGGAGCCAUUAAUUGAGGUAAAAUCUGUGGCUCCCAGAACUCAUACCUGCAUACACUGGUCUUGUUUAGCUGUGAAAAUAAGAACAAAUUAUUUGUUCGUUAGUCAUCACCUUAUUUAUAACUUUAAUUUAUGGGAUAUUUGAAUGCAUACUCUAUCAAACACUGGUCAUGUGAAAAAAUGACUUAAGCACAUUUCUUUUCUUUACUCUGUGAAGUCUGAGUAUUUUUUCCCUUGUUUAUUUUACAGCAAUACCCUUUUUUCUUGUUACAGUGAUUACAUAUUUUGCCAAUGUAUAAUGUCUUUUAAGCGGGUUCCUUUUCCUCAGUUUAACCAUGACUGCCAGUUUUUUGUGUUUGUUUUGCUUUUUUUUUUAUUAAGCUGAAUAGAAGCAGUGAAUUAAUGUUGAACCUGGGAGUUUUUUUUUUUUUAGGUUGCCAAAACUGAUGUACAGCAGGGGAGGUUGAAUUAAAAGCCGACUCGUUCCCCUUGUGCUGUAGAAAUUCUCUGAUGUUGAUUCAGUAACUUUCACAAUCCUCUCAUGAAUGGUUUGUCUUUAACUUUUGUCAGAAAUUGAAGAUUAGUGGUCAGAAUCAGAUUAGACUCUCAGAGGGAAAAUUACUUUUAUGAGUUGCUGGGAAUGUUUGGGAAUAUCACUGUAAAACUGGAUCACAUAUGCUUAAGCCAACCAGGCAGCUGAUGUUUGAAGUAAGGCUAACAUUUGAUUAUAACAACAAUUUCUAAGUAAUUAUGGACAGACAUGUCGAGUAAAAAUCUCGUAUUCUGUAGCGUUUGCAAUUGAUCUAAAAGCAACAUUUGCAAAGCUGCCAAAUAAGUUUUCACUCAACUUAAAUGAUUGGUUGCUUCAUGGCUCAUCAGCUGUUAUUGAAUAUUGAUUGUGAUUUUUUUUCUAUCAUUAUUAUUUGUUUCAGUUCCUUUGGGUGUACUAAUUCUUGGAUUUGACAAAGCUGCCAACCCAGUAUCAGUUUGUGUCUGUUGUCUGCCAUGUCCAUCGGACUGACACACCUUUUGUUUUUUUGUAUGCUAACCUCUGUUGAUAAAAAUGUUUAUAAGAUUUAUUUUCGCCAAAGAUAUGCAAUUGCAUUAUAUAUGGUAUUACAAAAAUAUUAAUAAAAUCCUGUUCUUGUUACAA